AUGGAACCGAGGAAGAAGGGUCUGAUCUUGAAGCUUCUGGGGCUUAUUCUAGGGCUUGUGUUAUUGGAAGUCCUCUUCAUGGGUUUGGGUUUUAGGGAGACCUACCCUUUUAAUUAUUUUUCUUUUCCUGAUAAACCCUCCCAAUUUGAGUGGAAUAUCACUGAAGCUCCAUAUACCAGACUUUGUAGCACCAAGAAAAUCUUGACAGUGAAUGGAAAAUUUCCAGGGCCAGCUUUGCAUGUCUUCAGAGGAGAUAGAGUGUUUAUCAAUGUUGUCAACCAUGGAAAUUAUAAUAUCACCAUGCACUGGCAUGGAGUGAGGCAGCUGAGGAAUCCAUGGUCAGAUGGUCCAGAGUACAUAACACAGUGCCCAAUCCAACCAGGUAGGAGCUUCAAAUAUGAGAUUAAGUUUACUACAGAGGAAGGAACCAUUUGGUGGCACGCACACAGCGACUGGUCACGAGCCACAGUCCAUGGUUCCAUCUUCGUUUACCCCAAGCAUGGAACUUCAUACCCUUUCCCCAAGCCCUAUUCUGAAAUCCCCAUCGUUCUUGGAAGCUGGUACCAAGGAGACGUGAUGAAGAUAAUUGAAGAGGCCCUUGAGACUGGAAGAGCGCCCAACAGCUCAGAUGCUCAUACGAUAAAUGGACAACCUGGAGAUCUCUAUCCAUGCUCCAAGGCAGGAACUUGUAAGAUGCUGGUGGAUAAAGGCAAAACCUAUCUUCUCCGCACCAUCAAUGCAGAGAUGAAUGAGGAAAUGUUCUUUGCCGUAGCUAAUCAUUCCCUUACUGUUGUAGGAUCAGAUGGAAGCUACCUCAAACCCACAACAACCGAUUAUAUAAUGAUAACCCCAGGACAAACCGUGGAUUGCCUCUUGAAAGCUGAUCAAAACCUUAGUCACUAUUACAUGGCCGCUAGAUCUUAUGCUAGUGGGAAAAUGGUUGCCAAUGAUGCAGCCACAGCAAUUAUAAAAUAUGGUGGUUCUUACACCCCUCCAUCAUCUCCUUCCUUCCCAACUCUCCCCUACUAUAAUGAUACUGAUGCAGCAACCAACUACACUAGUCGCCUAAGAAGCUUAGCUAGUAAAGAUUACCCAGUUGAUGUCCCUAAAUCUUUUGACACCCGAGUCUAUACAACCAUCUCUGUCAACACAUUGCCUUGUGUCAACAACUCAUGCCUUGGACCCAAUGGUUCACGAUUCUCUGCUAGCAUGAACAACAUUAGUUUCAGGAUCUCAUCAAUUGACAUACUUCUUGCUUAUUAUGAUAAGAUCAAAGGAGUUUAUGAACCUGAUUUUCCUGAUGAACCACCUUAUUAUUUCAAUUUCACGGCGGAUGACUUGCCGGAUGAUCUUUUAACGUCGACGGUGGGUACUAAAGUGAAGGUGGUAGAAUUCAACUCAACAGUGGAGGUUGUGUUUCAAGGGACUGAAUUGUUUUCAGGGGAGAACCAUCCAAUGCACCUUCAUGGGUUUAGAUUUUAUUGGGUUGGAUGGGGAAUUGGCAACUUUAACAAGACCACAGAUCCCAAAGGGUACAACUUGGUUGAUCCACCUGAAAUUAACACGGUUGGAGUCCCUAAGAAAGGAUGGGCUGCUAUUAGAUUCCGAGCAGACAACCCUGGGGUGUGGUUCAUGCAUUGUCAUUUGGAGCGUCACACUAGCUGGGGUAUGAGCACAGUAUUCAUAGUGAAGAAUGGUAAAUCCCCGGCAACAAGUAUCCGACCUAAACCUGAAUACAUGCCUCCCUGUUGAGAGAGAGAGAGAGAGAGAGAGAGAGAGAGAGAGAGAGAGAGAGAGUAUACUUGAACUACUGUACUAUCAUUGUUUUCCUUCAAAGUUAAGAACUAGGAUUUUGUGUAUAAUUUAUUUGUUACAUGAGGUUCUUGGUGUUUGUUAAUACAAGAUCCAUGGAUUCUUUACAAGAUUAGAAUUAGGCCAUGACCCAA